AUGAACACCAACUGGGCCGACCCGACCAAGAUCAUCUACACCGGGCGCGCCAGUGACUUUGCGUGCGAAUUCAGCGGUAAAGAAAGCAACGGGCGCUAUCUGUCCUUCACCUUUGACUCGAGGGGCUUCCAGCGCCUCGUGCUCAGCCUCGAAUUCAGGGCGAGGACCAACGGCUUCACCACGUUCGACGUGCAGACCUCGACGGACGGCACCAACUUCGCCUCCCGCUUCACCUACACCGCGGCGACGCCGAACUCCUACGAAGGGGUCACCGUCGAUCUCAGGGGCCGCAGCGAGCUCGACAACGUGGCCAACGCGCAGGUGCGGCUGGUCUUCAAUGGCGCCACCACCAGCACCGGCCAGUCGCGGAUCGACAACGUCGGGUUCGGUGGCGAGUCCCUCCCGUCGCCGUCGCCCACGUCGUCGCCCUCCUCGUCGCACGCCGUCGCCGUCCAACACUCCGUCGCCAUCGAGCACGUCGUCGCCGUCCAACACACCGUCGCCGUCCAACACGCCGUCACCGUCCAACACGCCGUCGCCGUCCAACACGCCGUCGCCAUCGAGCACGCCAUCGCCUUCCCCACGCCGUCGCCAUCCAACACGCCGUCGCCCUCUAACACGCCGUCGCCGUCCAACACGCCGUCGCCAUCGGUCACCCCCUCGCGGUCGUCCACGCCCAGCGCGUCGCCGUCGCCGGUGGUCAGCAUUGCCCGAUGGACCUAUGCGGAGGGCGCGGCUGUCAACGCCGCCCCCAUACCCCUCCCGCUCGCCGCCACGGUGGGCUCGGGCAACAUGAACUCCAACUGGGCCGACCCGACCAAGAUCAUCUACACCGGGCGCGCCAGUGACUUUGUGUGCGAGUUCAGCGGUAAGGCCAACAACGGGCGCUAUCUGUCCUUCACCUUGACUCGAGGGGCUUCCAGCGCCUCGGCGAGGACCAACGGCUUCACCACGUUCGACGUGCAGACCUCGACGGACGGCACCAACUACGUCACCCGCUUCACCCACACCGCGGCGACGCCGAACUCCUACGAAGGGGUCACCGUCGAUCUCAGGGGCCGCAGCGAGCUCGACAACGUGGCCAACGCGCAGGUGCGGCUGGUCUUCGACGGCGCCAUCACCAGCACCGGCCAGUCGCGGAUCGACAACGUCGUUCCUCCCGUCGCCGUCGCCCACGUCGUCGCCCUCCUCGUCGGCCUCGCCGUCCAGCACGUCGUCGCCUUCCAACACGCCGUCGCCAUCGAGCACGCCGUCGCCGUCCAACACUCCGUCGCCUUCCAACUCGCCCACGCCGUCGCCGUCCAACACGCCGUCGCCAUCGAACACGCCAUCGCCGUCCAGCACGCCGUCGCCCUCCUCAACACAGUCGCCGAGCAGUACGCCGUCGCCCUCGCCGUCGCCAACUAA